AUGCUCAGACCACGCCGGGGCUUCACGCGGGUCAGCAAGGAUGGCGAACAAGAGGGGCAAAAACUUGAAGCCGAAGCUGCCAAGCUGCAGACGAUGUCUAGACUUCAGGUUCAAUGCACGCGAUCCCCAAAACAGCACGCUAGCAGGUGGGCCUUCCGCCGCCCGAAACCAAAGCUGAACUUCCCACGGUUUGGUGAGACCCACUUGUCCUCAUCCGACGGGUAG